AUAUUUUUUCCAAAGGAAUCUGCAGUUUUACUGUUUACCAUUAGUUAUGGGACACCUGUAUACAAACACAUUACUGAACGCAUCCAAUUCACUUAUCAGCUGCUGGCAGUGCACUGUUGAGACUCGUCAUUGUUUAGCCUUGACUACUUGGUGUGUAUUUUGGUUUGAGUUCGUCAAUUAAUGCUAUUUACUGGAAAUUUGCAAUAUGUCCAGUCAGCCAGAUAAAAUUAUGCAAUGUCCCAUUUGCUUGGAGACAAUGAAAUCACCUAUCACCCAGUGCAUGGGUGGACACAGCAUGUGUGGUGAUUGUAUAAAAGCAAACAACAUCACCAAAUGUCCGACAUGUCGAGGUGCAAUUUCCAAAAUCAGAAAUUUUCAGUUAGAGCAACUAAUUGAAGGAAUACAGAAGGUCUUGAAGUUGCAGUGCUGUUAUCAUUCAAAAGGGUGUACCUACAGUUUAUCAGUGGCAAAAAAAGAGUCCCACGAGCUGGAAUGCAAAUACAGAAACUUCAUCUGCGAAGGCCACAAGUUCGCAAAAUGGAAAUGCCAGUGGUCUGGAACUCUGGAAGAAAUGUACAAGCACUUCAAGAAAGACCACAUAAACCAACAAUUAUCAUUUAAGUCCGAAGCCGACAUGAAAUUCGACCUCUCAAGAAACUAUUCCGAUGUCCAGAUGAUUACAUAUCUCGAAGGAGGUCAAUAUUUCUUCUACAAACACCGCGUAGAUGUCAAAGCGGAAAAGAUAUACUGGGCGUUUCAGUUUAUCGGUCCCAAGAAUCAAGCGGAGUGUUACUACUAUGAGUUUGAGGUUGCUAAUGGUCCUAUCAAGAAGUUUAAAGUUACGGAAAUCUGCAGAAGUGAUGUGGUUUCAGCGGAUAAGAUUUUCGAGAAGGGGCAAUGCGUCGUCAUUCCUUUUGAGGUUAUGAGGAAUUUCAUGGAUGAGGAAAAUGUUUCGCAUUUUAGGUAUAGGCUUAUGUCUAUUAAGAAAGCUAAAUAAGGAUAUAUUUAUAUUAUACAUAUUAUGUUUUUUACCUAUUACAAACCAUAUCUACUAAGUAUGUAUUGUGUUACUUUAAUUAUAUUAUGAAAAUUAUAAAUAUAAACC